GGUUUCACUCCACGUCCACGUGAGACACACCAGUCUGCAUUUAACUGUCGAUAAACCAAAUAAUAAUGAAUGGGGAGGAGAAUGAGGAGUUCGGAGCCUUCGUGGCCCUUCACGCAGGGGCUCUGCAGGCCUCCGGGAUCCCGUCUAUCUACUGGAAGAGUCUGCAUCACAAAAUCACCAACGAGAUUUAUGAUGCUGGAGAGGUUUUUGGGAUCAUGCAGUUCCAACAAGAUGAUGAGGAAGAGGAGGAUGGAGAGAAUGAGGAGAAGAAGAGGGGCAACCCUGGAGCAGAGACCAGCUGUAAAGUGGUGGUCACUAGGGAGAGUGGACUGCAGGCAUCAGAGCCCACCAGUGUUUUCCUGGUGGAUCACGCAUGGACGUACCGAGUGGAUCAUGCGCGACGGCAGCUGGAGCAGAUCCCUGGCCUGCUACCCAGAAUGGCUGCUCUCAUGGGGCUGGACUUCCAUGGUGAGGCCCCGGACCCAGACACAGUGGAGCUGGUGAUGGAGCACAUGUGGAAGUACAAUCAGACCUACCACCUCGCACAAGGGUCAGCAGAGGAAAAGAUCCCUGUCUGGUACAUCAUAGAUGAGUUCGGCUCCCAGGUGCAGCACUCGGAUCAGCCCAGCUGUGCCAUGGCUCCCCUCUUCUAUGUGCAGGGCCAGUUGGCAUACUCUGUCCUGUGGCCUCUGCGGGAUUUGCAGGAAGGAGACGAAGUGACACGUGAUUAUGCGUACGGGGAGACAGACCCUUUGGUGAGGAAGUGCCGUCUGUUACCAUGGAUACCUGCACAACUGGAUGGGGUCAGAAGUGUCACAUCUGAGCCUCCUGACCUGUACUAUGAGACCAUUUCACAGGAGAACAAGGAGCAUCUCCCUGUGGAAAUCCAACCCCUCACGGUCCCUGAGGACAAAAUCCUCAAGGUUUACUCUGAAAUGUCCCAAGUCACAAACAACCUCACACAUCCUCGAUUCCAGCUGACAGAGGAGAAGCAGGAGGCUGAUAUCCUUUGGUGCUACAAUCACAUCAAAGAUUACAGGAAGCUAAGUGAGGAGCGGCCUCAUGUGAUGCUCAACCAGUUUCCCUGUGAGAGCCUGGUCACUGUGAAGGACUGUCUGGCUGCUGUGGCUCGGAGAGUCAGAGGUGGCCCAUCGCCAGACUGGCUACCAGAGACCUUCAACUUACAGACGGAGCUGCCAGAGUUCAUCAAGCAAUAUCAACUGAGACAAGAGAGGGGAGAGGACAACCACUGGAUCUGUAAGCCUUGGAACUUGGCCCGUGGCCUGGACACACACAUCACUAACAGCUUGGACUGCAUAAUCAGACAGAGAGAGAGCACACCAAAGGUGGUGUGUAAGUACCUUGAAGAUCCAGUGCUGUUCAGCAGGGAGGAGGUGGGAAUGGUGAAGUUUGACAUUCGCUACAUGCUAAUGCUGCGUUCUGUGCAGCCUCUGCGCCUCUAUGCCUACAAUGUCUUUUGGUUGCGUUUUGCUAACAGACCCUUUUCCUUGGACCACUUUGAUGAUUAUCAAAAGCACUUCACUGUCAUGAAUUACACAGAAGGGGUGGAGCUCAAGCAGAUACACUACGACGAGUUCAUCCCAAUGUUUGAGAAGCAGUACCCACAGUAUCCAUGGAAGGAGAUCGAGGCUUUGUUGUUUAAGGCAUUCAGAGAACUGUUUGAGGCAGCGUCCUCUCGACCAGCUCCAUACGGAAUUUGCCCAUAUCCAGGAUCUAGGGCGAUCUACGCUGUCGAUCUCAUGCUGAAGUGGAGCACAGGGGAAAGAGGUGAGCGGGUGAUGCAGCCUCAGAUCCUGGAGGUGAACUUCAGCCCAGACUGCGCCAGGGCCUGUCUCUACCACCCUUCCUUCUACAACCACAUGUUCCAGACACUGUUCCUGGAUCAGCCAGAGCAAUGCCCAGUCAAACAGAUUGUAUGAUCAACUUUCUGCAUCUGACGCCUUCAGCUCAGGUCACUGUUUUCAUUGUAAUAUCUAGUUUAAAGUUUCAUGGAGGAGCCAAUAAAAUAUCUUUUUGAAAUGGGGACCAAUAAAGACUCAGGCUCA